CUGCAGCCACUCACCUGGGAGCACCUGCAGUAUACCACAGGUAACCAGAUUCGGGGUAACUUAAACCGGCUAUGGCGGAUUCCCAGCUGCUGUGCAUGGACGAUGAGCAUGUCAACGAAAAGAUCCCGGAGACCAAACCGGAGUUUUACUACAGCGAGGAGCAGCGGGCCGCCCUGGAGCGGCUCCUGAAGAGCGGGGACGGAGCCUUCAAGAUGCGGCUGAAGGAGGACAACAUCAAAGACUUCCUCUCGGCCAGGGAGAUCAGGUCCCUCCGGAAAAUGUUCAACGAGUACGACACGGACAGUGACUGCGAGUCCGGUGACCAGGAGAAGUCCAAGGGGUCCUCCAGCGCGGACUCCGGGGUGCACUCCACAUACUGGCCCGAGAUGUCCGACACCGAGGUCCCGCCUCUUGACAUCGGCUGGCCGGGCAGCAGCGGCGUCUACAAGGGGGUGACCCGGGUGAGCGUGCACUCCCACCCGCCCAGGGGCCCCGGGCCGCACAUCAAGCAGGUGGUGAGGAGGCUCAUACAGGAGGCACACAAGGUGGUGGCCAUAGUGAUGGACCUGCUGACAGACCUGCAGAUCCUCCAGGACCUGCUGGAUGCCUCAUCACGGCGGGGGGUGGCUGUCUACGCUGUGCUGGAGGCCAGGGGAGUGCCCCACUUCCUGGAUAUGUGCACACGGCUGCAGAUUAAUGCAGUCCAUCUGCGGAAUCUCCGUGUGCGCAUGGUGAGAGGUUCAGGGCUGAACCUGUCGUUUGGAAAGCUGCCCGGGUCCCUGUGCUCCAAAUACAUGCUGGUGGACGGAGAGAAAGUCAUGUUUGGGUCUUACAGCUUUACCUGGACUUCCUCUCGGAUGGACAGGAACACGAUCACUGUGAUGUCGGGACAGAUUGUGGACUCCUUUGAUAAUGACUUUCGGGAGCUCUAUGCCGUGUCCGAGCUGGUGGACCUCUACCAGGAGUUCAACAUCACCAAGCCGCCAAUUUCUACGCCCAUCAGGAUGCCAAAGGUGGAGAGAAUCCAGCCAAUUCCUGUGUCCAUGUCUCGCUUUCAAGUAUCUGUCGGGGACUCUAGACAGGUAGACUUAAAGGUGCCUGCACAUAAAUAUCACAACCCUAAGUACUCUUUAGUUUUUGGGAACAGUACGGGCCUCACUGGUUCCCUACAAGACCUGUCGAGAGUCAGCGACUCGCUAGUUGGGGGGCUGAUCCAGAGGAACGGCCUGCAGAACGGCAUGCUUCAAAGCAGCAAGGACAAGGUGGACCCAGCCCCCCCUCAGAGUCCUGGUUCCCCUGCAGAGGACGAGGACGAGGAUGGAAAGGGAAGCUUGAAGAGAAACCAGCUUUUUGGAGCUAAGAAACAACGCAGCUCUUUCAGGCACUUCCUGAAAGGCAGAGGAGCCAAUCAGAGUUCAGAGACUAUAGAGGAAGACGUGGUCACUCCUCAGAGCCAGUCCCCUGUCUGUAAGGUGCCAGAGCUAAAUGGCAAUGCAAAUACAAAUAAGAUGGAAGAUUCUUUUGCGAUUAUUGAGAAACCGGAUUUACUGAAACCCAAAAUCAAGAAGCCCUUAAAGACCCUUCAGAGAAGCAUGUCCCUGCAGACCAUCAACACAGGAGACGAAGACGGAACUAAAAGCCGCCGGCGGCAUCAAAAGAAGAAUUGCAUCCAGUCAUGAGAUGAAAAACAAGAGGUCAGUCAGUUAUGAGGAGCAGCAGAGGAUCUCCGGAUGAAACAGUAUGAGUCACGGUAUCUGCUUCCCGUAACCGGGUGACACGACGUUCUCUGGCCUGGUAUACUGCAGGUGAAGUAAAGUAAAGUAAAGGAGAGGAGAGAGAGAUAUUGUAGCUCAACUAAUCAUGUGAGGAAAUAACUCAGAGAAUCUAAACAUUGUUGCCAAAGUGCUAAUGGAGGGCGAUUUCAUUGCCUUUGUUUUAGUGUUUAUGUUUUUUUUUUUAGUAAAUUAUUCUACAGUUAAAGGGAUAGUUAAUUAUUUUUGAAGUAAGGUUUUUUGAUCUACUUAUCCACAGUCAUUCUACCUAAAAUAGAUGGUGGUUGGCUUCAGGUUUGGAGAAACAGAUGGGAGCACCUGCUGAAAUCUAAGCAAUGUACUUCUUUGGACUGGGGUAGCAGCAAAACAUAUUUAGACUACUAAACAAUUCAUAUCAGUUAAAUUGAAUACUAUAUUUAAAAUAAUUUAGCUGCUUUACCUUGCUGUCAGGUGGCCCUUUUCAACAGGGUUCAGAAACUGUUAGAUUCAAAGCUACCAGACAUGGACAAACAAGUGAAUUUGAACUUGCAAACCUUGUUGCUGAUCUACUGCUGCCUCAAUCAGUUAUUUUGUUGGUGUUUUGGUUUGGCGAGGCAAAAAAAAACAGGAUAAGCAAAAUACUUGCGUACAAAUAUUUUGCAUAGAAAAUAUUCAUAAUGCACCGAUUGCGACAGUGGUUUGACUAGAUGUGCGCCAUGUCAUCCUUAGAAAAAGAGAGAAGUGUAUUUGCCGUUACUCUCUACUUUAAUUGAUUUCUCUUUUAGCUGAAUGCUCAGACUGCAUUUAAAUUCCUUCUGGUAAAACGGUACACAGUCUAGGGCUUUUAUUGUGAAAGGUUAGAACGGAAAAGUGGAUCCUGUAUGCACUUCUUUUGUCAGGGUUAAAAAGAGCAGUGAGAUAUGCAUCUUUGUUUAGACUAAGAAGCCCCGUUAAAUGUUUUACAUUACAUUACAUGUCACUUGUUAGACGCUUUUAUCCAAAGCGACUUACAUACUCAAUAC